AAUGUGCAUAUCUCCUAAGCCGCUAAAGCAAUAAUAACAAAAUUCACUGAGAAAAAAUGUUUUUCUAUCGACAGUGUGACAAUGGGUGAAAUCUGGUGACAACUCCGCCUGAAAAAACUAUUGUGUGGUUUUAUUAAACCACGGUAAAAGUGAAACUUAUUUUCAUAUCGUAGACAUUAACUUCAUAAUUUGUGGAAUAAUAUUCUAUUAACGGUAUUGAAAUCGCAUGAUCAUUUUCAAUUUAGUUUUGGAAAAUCGGAAUGGUAAUGGAAAAUGAUACAAGCAGAUUAGGUUUCCGAGUAAUACUUUUUUAUUCAACUCUGUGUUUUAGGAUACUCUUACAAUUCUUAACAUUUAUUUAGAUGAUAUACAAACAUUAAAGAACUGAAAACAAUAUUAAUUACUGUCGUUAAGUCAAUUUGAUCUAUUUUCAAUUAUUGUCAAUUAUUCUAUUGUCAAUACCAUCUUCAUCCUGAGUUUCACAGUUUAUAAAUGUAACCAAUAUUUUAUGGUAAAUUUUUCAAUGUAUAUUUUACAUAAAACAAGUGUGUUUUGUCAGACUUGCAGAAAUACGCGGCUAAGAGCUACGUAAACUAAAUCUUGAGCAUGACUUUUUUCGUAAUGAUAAACAACUUCACUAUACGUUCCCCUUGCGCUUAAUGAAUCGUUGAUGCAUUGAAAGCUGAUAAUGGUAAAUGUGUUCGUUUUAUUGCAGUAUUACGUUGACGAACGUUCAUUGGUGAUAAAGUUGAUAAUAACUUGAUUGGCACAGAGUAUCUAUUAAUAUUUAAUUCCUCGAUGCGAUGAGCAAAUUUUUGUCGGAUUUUUUCUCCACAUUCUUGUCCGGGAACAGUAAACAUACGCUUAUUAAUGAAGUAUUGUCAAAUUGAUACAUCUUGAUCAAUUUCCCUACAUUACCGUUAGCGAUUCGAUCUGAAACGUCAAUAUUUUUUGUUAUGACGUACGGUAAAUCAUAAACAAAAAUUAUUUUAUGAGGCAGCAUCAACGGGUGUUUGUUGUGCAAAUGCAUCUAAAUAUUUCUGAGCAAGUACCGGGUCAUCACAGUUCAUAAUUAUGUCCUCAGCAAUUGACUCGUAUUUUUCAUCAUACGUCGAUAGGAUUGAAUUGUUAUAAUUUUCAACUUUCCUAAAAUAAUCGUAUUCCUAAUGGACACAUUCGUUUAGCUUCGUCUUCAGUAAACAUCCUUGAUUCGAUAAUAUUUGUUUCCUCUAAACUUAAAUGUGAUCCACUACCAAUUUUUGUUAAAAUAGACGAAAACACUUGAUGCUCUUGACGCAUAACCUCAUGUAACGGAUAAAAUUGUAGUUUUUGGGCCCUGCGAUACUUUGUUUUGGUUGCUUGUAAAUUGCAGUAGCGCGUACAGGUGGAAAUUGUCGCAAGUCACCAAUCAUAAGAGUAUCUAAGCUACCGUAAUUGCCUGUGAUUUGUUUCAAUCUCUCGUCUAUUUUGAUAAGCAUUUCUGCGCCGAUCAUACUACACUCAUCUAUGAUUAGAAUUUUUACAUACCGAAAUAGUGAUCGAUACAAAUUAGCUUUUUCAGUGCUGAGUGCGUUCAGUCCUUCGGUUGAAAUACUCAAUGCGGUGUGAAUUGUAGUUCCAUCGAUUGCCACUGCAGCCUUACCAGUUGAUGCUGCAACAAUAUAUGCAUUGAGAGUUCCACAGUUAUCUGUAAAACGGUUGUAGAUUACUUUGACCAUUAAAAGGGUAUUACUUUUUCCACUACCAGCAGGUCCAGUUAAAAAUACUUGCAUUGGUGGACGACUGGGCGUAUGCAGAUGAUUAAUCAUGUAAUUGAGUAAUGAUAUUUGACGAGUGAUCGCUCGUCGAAUUAACUCAUAAAAGACUGUCUUAUCUAUCAAAUUUUUCUUCCGGGAAAUUGGUCCAAGUCUAUGCUUGCCACAAAAAGAUCCUCAUUAAACUUGACUUAAACCCUGAGUCUGGAUUGUUAUAAAACUCAAUAAAUAGAUUUGCAUCAUAUUGUAUAAGCGGCAAAAUACCACGGUCUUCCUCAUUUUCUUCAGAGUGACAUAAUUUUCUGUAUGCUUCAAUAAUUAUGUCAAUAUCUAAAUUUGCUUCGAACUCUUUACGACGAGCUAAAAUCAGUUGUUCGUUAUCUUCAUAAAUUUGAUUGAAUCCAUCCAAAACCAGUUUUGACUGCAUACCAAGCACCAAACUGGAUCAAGGGAAUAUCUUCUAUUUAUCGAAACAAUUUGCUUUUCAAAUAUUGGUAUCGUUAUCAGUAAGUCUUUCUAAUUCUUUCUCUGUUUUUCGAAUACGAUGACGUUCCUGAGGCCACAUCGUAGGUAUAAACUCAACCUUAAGCGUUGAUUUAGACAUCGGUUCCUUAAGAAGAAACCAUGCAGCUUCUUGACUGGACAUUUCUAUUGUAUUUAAAAUAUUAACACUCAUAUGUCUUGUCAUUUCAACCAAAUUUAAAUCUAACAGAGUCAAACAACAACUUUAUAGGUCUUUUAUUCUCUCCCGGUACAAUUUGUAAAUAUUUAUCCUCCGACCAUAAACGAGUAUGCUGUUCAGCAACUAGACUAUCUUGAAUUUCGAUUGGUUCACCUAUAUGGUCUGAAACAACUGGAUUUUCACUCUCAUCGGUUAACUCGCCCAAGUAAUUUUGACUAAUUUUAAUGUUAUAAUGCUUAUAAGGUAGAGUAGCUACAAGAUAACUGAGCCAGUCUUUAACAAUCCCUUUUUCCACCAAUCCGUGAAAAUAACUAGAUAUGUGCAUUAAUCGUUUUUUUAUGUGUUCAUUUAUACAGUAAUCAUCAUCUAUAUUUCAAAUCAGAGUUUGAACCAUGUUAUCAACGUUAACGGGCACAUUUAUUACUUGUCCAGUGAUUCCAUAUUGACCUAGUACGUAUCUUAGCCGUCGAAUUUGCAUAAGGGUAAUCUCGGUGAUAUUAAUCGCUCGGACACUAAAUCCAAUUCAGGAAGAUUGGGCUUAGGCGGAUACUUAAAUCCAUUGUACACAGCCAAGUUUGGUAUUUUUUCAGCAUUUAACGAAGUUCUACAGGUCGCACACACAAAAAUGUCUUCCAACACGAAGGCGUUGCAUAUUUAUUGUAAAAUUUCCCAGCACGACAAUGGUGGAGAUUUCAAAUCAUUUUUGAACCAUAGUCUAUCACAAACAGUGCACGCAAAACCAAAUGGGUUAUCCUCAACUAAGGUUUUAAAAAGAUCAUGAGAUGAUUGUCUCACAUAUGAUGUAUAGACCGAUGAAGGAUUUUCUUCUGCGUUAGCUCUUCGUGCGUUGAGUUUUUCUAGGUACCGCCAAUAACGUACGUUUGCAGAAACACUAGUGUUCAUCUGGAUUAACAACUGAUUCUCGAAUUGUACUUGUAUCUCCACUUGUUUUUGUAUCACUGUCAUAGUGUCUCAUGUCAUGAAUAUGGUAGAACAACAUGCAUAAUACAAGUACCUACCCGCUAAAUAGUUUCAAAGAAAUACUAAAGACGGGAAUUCCCUAAUCCACAAGAAUGUAUUGAAUAUCCGCUACUAAUAUUUUCAAGGCCAAAUUUAUAACAGAAAUUUCCUAAUCUUUAAUUAUUAAAAAUUCAUAAUUUCAUUACUCCGCAUUAAACAUUCAUAAUUUCUUUACUCCAUAAUCUAUAUCUUAAUUUUCUCCUUAUUUACAAUUUUUCAAAAUAUUUCUAUUGUUCUAUGCAUACAUAUUUGCAUAUUACAUACAAAAAUAGAUAACAGAACUCAAAUUUGCGAUCGAAUUCAUUUGAAACCGAGCGCUCUUGCAACCAUUCAAAGAAUUUGAAAGUGAAAAGGAAUGCUGAAAAGGGUAGAAGCGAGCUGUUACGAACAAGAACACAAAGCGUGCCACCCGAAUACAAGUGGCACGGUCCCUUCGUCUUUCCUCGUCGUCCCCUCGCCCACAAUAAACUGGUUUGAGACUCUUUUGAGUCCCAGUGCACUAACCAGUUUUUCGGUCUCACUAGGAUUGUCGUUGUUUACCAACAUCAAAAAAAUAACACUAUUUACAUUAAACACUGAUAACACUAAACAAAAUAAUGUGGAGCACUGGCAUAAAUGGGUAAAACAGUCUGUAGUAUGAAGUGUACUCAAUAAAAUAAUAAUAUAUUCGAAAAUGUUAAUGACAGAUACAAGAGAGGUGUUUACUUGAAGCACGUGUUUGAAUAAUUGAAGCGGGAGUAAUAUGACCGAAAGCUACCACGGUUCAAAACUAUAGUUUAAAAUUGACUAUAUUGAUCACGCAUGUGCUAUACCGCCCAUCCACACAGAUUGAAUAAUCUAUAGUCUAUACACUACACGGUCAGCUGAUACGAACUAUAAGCGCCGCCAUAUUGACCUCGACUGCUCUGACGAUCGAAGGGAAUUAUAUAUAUUUGGUAUCACAGCUUUGGCCAUUAAAAGCUUUGAUAACAUCUGAAAAGACCAAGCGGUCGCAAAUAUGCUCAUAAGCAUAAAUAUAUGUAUAUAAUUAUGUGUGCCUCUAAUGCCAGAGACACACAUAUAGUACAUAUUGUAGUAUGGUACAGAAACCAUAUGUGUGUCAACCGUAUUUUCAAUUUUUGUUCCAAAGCACUCCAUUUGCUUACUGUACUACAAUGGUCUGUACUACAAUGGUGUUUAAGAAACCAUAGAAAUUAUGUGGUGUUGUGCAAUGUACUACGAUGGAUUACACUGAACACAUCCAGAGCUUUAAGCUCUUCUGUCAUAAUCAUAUGUAUGUUUUCAGCCAUUUUGACAUUGAUCAAAAAGAGUUUCAAUUCAAACUUGAAAAGGAAAAAAUAACAAUGGAAAAGAAAAGAAAAAAGUACGUUGGAUACGUAACCAUUAAAAAAAUAAUUGAGGUGUGGGCCCAAUAUAACCAACAGUUGCAUGGAAUGCAUAAAAAUAGCCAUAUUUAUGCUAAAAUUAACACGCAGCUGGAAAAUAAACAUGGAGUUUUGCUUGCAACGGACGAACUGCGAAAUCGCAUAAACAAUUUGGCAAAGAAGUACAGGCAGGAAAUGAAGAUGAUUGGCCCAAGUGGAAGUGCUCCAUCGAAUUGGGAAUACUACGAAGACGUUCACAAAAUAAUAGGCGGCUACAAAUCCAAUUUCACUCAAGAACUGGAGGAAGAGAGCAUUGACAAAGAUUCCGUUUCAUUGGACGUUUUGGGGGACACGUUGGCAAAUGAUGAUGAAAUAGAAAAGAUACCAUCAACUUCAUCGUCUGCAAAAAAGAGAAAGAGAAACAAUGAUGAAGACUUCCUCGAACUCGCUUAAAAGGAACAAAAGAUAAUGGAAGAAUAUCUUAAUAAAUCUAUUAAAAACGAAGAGAAGGCUCUUGAUUUAAUGGAACAAACCAACACCAUUCUUUUGGCUAUAUUAAAUAAAAAUACUUAACGAGAGAGAAACAAAUUUUAAGAAUAUCAAAUGUGUGAAAAAUAUGUCGUACUGUAAUGUAAUAUAUUAGAUAUAUAUUAGAAUAUAAUAACCAUAUAUUAACUAAAAUACUAAACCAAA